AUGCAGUUUCUAAAGAAUUACUCUAUCUCCCUAUGUAAAUUCUCUUUCCUCAUAUGGCCACUAUGGAAAGAAAGGAAUAAUUAUAUUUUCAAGAAUACUUCUUUUAAUCCUUACAGAGUAUUCCACAAAGCCAGCUCGGCUUAUCAAGAGUGGCAGUCUCGCCUCCUUCUAGAUCAACACCAGCUAAAGGGCACCCCUUUCACCUCUCAUACUUCCACUAUUACCACCCCACCUUCCCCUCCUAUCAUGGUUCGCCGGUUUCCUCCUCCGACGGAUAUCUUCAAACUCAAUUUUGACGGCUCCAGUAAAACUUCAUCAGCAGCAGCAGGUAUUAUCAUCCGCAACAGUUCAGGUAAUCCAGUUUCGGCUUGUACCUUCAACCUCGGUCAUAUUCAGGCUUUCAUGGCCGAAGCUAUUGCCCUUCACAAAGGUCUCCAAGAAGCUAGGCGUCUCAACAUUGCUCACAUUCAAAUUGAAGGUGAUAAUCUUCUUGUCAUCAACUCUGUUAAAGGAAUUUGGGUGCCUCCCUGGAAGAUUCAUAACACCAUCAAGGAUAUUAAGCAUCUCCUCGACCUCUUCGACACUUGGGAAAUCAAACACAUUUUCAGAGAAGCAAACUCAGCAGCAGAUUGGAUAGCAAAUGUAGGACACCUCAUUGUUGGGAAAAUGUAUAUAGAUCCUAAGACUAGUCAUAGUUUAUCUUCCAUUCUUUGUAAUGACUACUCAGGAGUGACUCUCGUGCGGAGAGGCUCCUAA